UAAGGCAGCCAUCGCGCUUGGUCUCGAGCCAGCGACAUUUUUUUCAUGGCAACACUCGGCCUGCAUAAAUUAUGUUCAUGACGUAGUGCAAAAUCCAACAUUUCUCUUAAUAUUUUUGGACUUUUCUGCAGAUAAUGCUUACGUUUACUUUAUUUCGGUGGACUGUGUUCACCUGAGUGAUAGUUUACGAGGAUACCAAUCAUUAAGUAUUUAGUAAACGAGCUACAUUGCGCCGCCGAGCCUCUUUAUCAAUGCAAAUGCCUCUUUUGUGUGCAGCCGGAGCGUCCGUCUGGAAGCUGUGAGAUGAAUUUUUAAUUAUGUAUGUCUAAUACAAACUGUGGCAAAGCACGCCGAAGGAGCUGAAAGGCAGAAAUUAACCGUAAUUCCUCCGAUGGGCUUGUAAGCAGCAUUGCCCUGCAGUCAACAUGCCUCACUUCUGAUCCUGUACAUGAAACUGAACGAUGGAUUCAGAAGAGCUUCCUGCAGAAGAUGCACCGCUUACUGUCAACGAGCAGGUUAUUGUCAUGUCCAGUCAUGAGACAAUUCGGGUUCUAGAGGUUGAAGUGGAUGCAGCUGUGCCCUCGCCUGGACCUCAUGUGAAAACUGAGGCAGGAGCAGAAGAGGGGAGAGGAAAAGCUUUAGAGGCAGCAGAGGUCAUCACUCAGGAUAAACAAACAGCAUCCAGUAAUAUACCUACAGUUUCUAAUGAGACUGGAGCCCCCUCUGUUCAGAACGUUGCAAUUCCUAUAAGUCUCUCUUUGCCUCACCACCAGACCAGCAUGCCUAUAACAAUCCAGGGUUGUCCACAGGUUCUGACCCAAGAUGGCCUUGCUACUCUGAUGACUGGCAUGAUUGCCCAGCAGAGCACUCUGAGCCAGCCCCUGCUGAUUCCACUAAAUAUGGCUGGCUCUGUGGGUGGACAAAAUGGCCUGGCCUUACUAACACUUCCAGCAACCACACUAGCCACUCUACCUGGUUUCGGGGCUGGUGGCCAGGCUGGAGGUCUCAUUAAACUACCUUUUGCCGGCCUACAGGCUGCCACUGUCCUGAACUCAGUCCAGCCUCAGCUUCAGGUACCUGCACAGACACUGCUGCAGCCCCAAGCAGCUGCACUGCAGUCAAUGCAGCAGACUCAGGCUGCUCCAGCCAGCACUGCAACUGUAGCUUCAGUCAUGCACAAAGUUACUGAGCCCAGUGCAUCAGUUGCAACACUUCAGACCACAGGCCUCACUAUUAACCCUGCAAUUAUCAGUGCUGCAUCUUUGGGUGCUCAGCCACAGUUUAUUAGUUCUCUGACUACAACUCCCAUCAUCACUAACACCAAUGUGGCAGGACUAACCAGUCAGAUCAUCACUAAUGCACAGGGUCAGAUGAUAGGCACUUUGCCUGUGCUGGUGAACCCUGCAUCUCUGACGGGAGUGUCUUCAACACAUUCACCACCAACUCAGGGUCUUCAGGUGCAGACUAUGGCUCCUCAGCUGCUGCUGAACUCCCAAGGCCAAAUCAUUGCCACAAUUGGGAGCAACCCUGGUGCUGCUGCUCUCACUACAUCAACCAGCUCAUCAGUCUUGACUAAAACUACUCUGUCACACACCAAGGCCAACACACAGGCUCCUACUGUAUCAGUAAACCAGUCUCCAGUCAUGAUUGCCCCACAACCCUCCACAGGGAAAUCAACCUCCUCAUCGAUUCCUGUUGCCUGUGCAGAAAUGCCCACAGUCAGCCAACUCGUCAACAAACCACAGUCUGGGGUGACUGAAGAAGAGGGCAUUAACUUGGAGGAGAUCCGUGAAUUUGCCAAAAAUUUUAAGAUUCGACGGCUUUCACUGGGGUUGACACAAACACAAGUGGGACAAGCGCUUACAGCUACUGAGGGACCGGCUUAUAGCCAGUCUGCAAUCUGCAGGUUUGAGAAGCUUGAUAUAACACCCAAGAGUGCCCAGAAGCUAAAACCAGUUCUAGAGCGUUGGCUUGCUGAAGCAGAGCUCUGGAACCAGAAGGGCCAGCAAAAUCUAAUGGAGUUCGUGGGAGGUGAGCCUUCCAAGAAACGCAAACGGCGCACCAGUUUCACACCACAAGCCAUUGAGGUCUUGAACAGCUAUUUUGAGAAAAAUGCACUUCCAACUGGGCAGGAGAUCACAGAAAUUGCCAAGGAACUAAAUUAUGACAGGGAAGUUGUACGAGUUUGGUUUUGCAACCGGAGGCAGACGCUGAAGAAUACCAGCAAGAUCAAUGUGUUCCAAGUGCAGUAGUGUACAAUACAAGCCUGGAAAGACAAUGAGAUAUAUGCAUGGAUAUAAAUUGUUUUUUUGUAUUGUAAGAUGUUAAAGAUUGACUGUUUUGUGAAAAAUGUUUUGGAAGAUUCUAGGUUGGUUUUCAUUGUUAAAAGCAUCAGCCUUGCAAAAAUGGUCAGUAUGGCACAAAUUUAUGAUGGAUUUUGUCAUGAUGCUUUUGUUAAAUAUGCAUGUAAACUUGCCAUUUCAAUUACCAACACAACUGCAAAACAAAUAAUACAGGUUUUCAUAAUGUUAAUAUAGUACUGACAGAAUCUCCUAAAACAUACAUUUGCUUUUUUUUUUGUGUGAGAGCAUGUUUGAUGUACCUUUUUUUUAUUUUAUUUUUUACCAAUUUUAUUUUUUUGUGCCAUUGAAUUUGCAGCUAAGAUUGAAUUCUUGUUUAUUGUGUAUGACCAGGUCGCUGACAUUUUGAAACAAAACUGACAUUCAGAAAAAAAUGUAUGUUUGUUAGGACUGUGGCAUUAAAUGCAUUGUUUUAGCUUUGUGUCUUUUUCUGGACUUCUACAGCCAGUCUCUUGUAAGAAAUUCUGUCAAUCCCAUAUUUUAGACCAUAGAGGCAUAGCAUUGUGGGCUUUUUUGUUUAUCUUGGAGUUAAAUCCGCAAGAUGUUCAUGAAUACUGAUGUCUAAUUUAAAUACAGAAUUGAAAACCAGCUUUUCACUAAA